UGUCCCCGACCGGGAACUCCUCGUGCUCUCUGUCGUUCACCAACAAGCGACACGCGAACAUUGCUAUAGACCGGCUCGCGUUAACCGGUUGCCCGUGGGUCGGGCGGAGGGAGUUGUCUGGACCGGACGGUCUCGUGCAAGCGUCGCUAGUCCAGUAGCAGUCCGGCUCGUGCUUCGGAGGGAUCCGCUCGCCUCACCCUCCCGGUUUACCGCGCCCGAGACGCCGUGAUGGUUCGACUCACGGACUCGCGUUCGCUGCAGCUGAGGGAACCGGAGGAGCCGUUCGACCGGGAGUCCGGGAAGUUCGUCUUCAACUAGUUUUUUUUAUUUCGCUCCCGUUUCGCACGACAGAAAGCGUCGCGCGCGUCCCGCGAUGCACCGGGCGCGGUGAGGCGCGAGGCACCGCGAAGAAGUUCACCGCGUCGACCUCGAGCGGCGGUUCUUCCUGAACCCAUGAUGGCGAAUAACGAAAGCGACCCGGCCGGGCUGUCAGUGCUGCAGCAGCUCGGUCUGGACCAGAACUCUGACUUCUCGGACAGCGGCGUGCAGCAGCGUCUGGACGAGAGCCGCGAGCAGAUCCGCCGCGACAUCCGCCGGGAGCUGAAGAUCAAGGAGGGCGCCGAGAACCUGCGGCGCGCCACCACCGACAAGAGGAACGUGCAGCAGGUGGCCUCGCAGCUCCGCAGCUCCAACACGCGGCUGGACGCCCUGCACGCACAGCUGCAGGAGCUGGACGCACACAUCGUGGUCCGGGGUCACCACGACGACCAGGACGGGCCGGGCAGGGUCGGCUCUGCCCCGAGGCGGACGACCGGUCAGAAUCGCGUCGCGGCAUUGGAGCGGCAGCUCAACAUCGAGCUGAAGGUCAAACAGGGGGCGGAGAACAUGAUCCCCAUCUACGCCAAUGGAGCCACCAAGGACAAGAAGAUGCUUCAGGCAGCUCAGCAGAUGCUCCAGGACAGUAAGACCAAGAUCGACAUCAUCCGCAUGCAGAUCCGCAAGAGCAUGCAGGCCAGCGAGCAGUCGGAGGAGAACCACGGUAAGCCGGACCUGUGCGGGGUGGAGCUGCGGGUGGAGGAGCUGUGGCACCACUAUCGGGUGGAGCACGCCAUGGCCGAGGGCGCCAAGAACAUGCUCCGCCUCCUGGGUGGGGCCAAGGUCCAGGACAAGAAGGCCCUCGCCGAGGCCCAGUGCGGUCUGAGCGGCUCCUCCCAGCGCCUGGACCUCCUGCGCUCCUCCCUGGAGCAGCGUCUGUCCGGCCUGCCCCAGGACCACCCCAAGGCCUGCCUCAUCAAGGAGCAGCUGCUGCUGUCCUCCUCCCCUGCCUUCAGCUGCCGCCACGGCGCCCCCUACGUCCACAACCAGUACAGCACCCUCAGCAAGCCCUCGCCCCUCACUGGUACGCUGCAGGUGCGUCUGCUGGGCUGCGUGGGGCUGCUGGAGGUGGUCCCGGGGCGGAGCCGGGCCACGCCCGUUGUGCUGCCCUCUUAUUCGCUGGGAGACGGCCGCGCCUCCUUCAAGCUGAGCGGCCUCUACAGCCGCAGCGGUAGCAGCAGCAGCCUCAAGUCCCCCGGCAAAACCGACGAGCUCUCCACGGAGGUGAGCGCGGUGCUGAAGCUGGAGAACUCGGUGGUGGGCCAGACGGCCUGGAGGCCGGUGGGAGAGGAGGCCUGGAGCCAGACCUUCAGCCUGGAGCUGGAGAGGUACCGGGAGAUGGAGAUCGCGGUGUACUGGAGGGACUACCGUUCCCUGUGUGCUCUAAAGUACCUGAAGCUGGAGGACUUCCUGGACAACCAGACGCACCGAGUCCGCCUGGAACUGGAGCCGCAGGGGCUGCUGCUGGCUGAGGUGACGUUCUUCAAUCCCAUCAUAGAGAGAGGCCCGAAACUACAGAGACAGAAGAAAGUCUUCUCCAAACAGAACGGAAAGGGCUUCCUGCGUGCGCGGCAGAUGAACGUUGACGUGGCGACGUGGGUCCGCCUCCUCAGGAACGCCAUCCCAAGCGGCACCACGGCAACGUACAACCCCUUCAGCAGCACGGCGGGCACGCACGGUGCCGGGGAGCCCUCCCUGGAGAAGCUGAACAUCGAGAGCGGCUCUCCCCCCAAGUCUGAGCCCAGGAGAGACGUGGUGGACACGCCCCUCACGGAGCAGGUGCCGGUGAUCUCCCCCCCCAGCGUCCAUCCUCCCCAGAAACCUGCUAGAACACACAGCUCAACCAGCAGCUCCAGUCAGGGUCCUCUGUGCCUUCAGGACUUCAAGAUGAUCGCCGUUCUCGGCAGAGGCCAUUUUGGAAAGGUCCUACUCUCUGAGUACAAGAAGAGCGGCCGCCUGUACGCCAUCAAGGCCCUGAAGAAGGGCGACAUCGUGGCCCGCGACGAGGUGGAGAGCCUGAUGUGUGAGAAGCGUAUCUUCGAGACGGUGACCGACGCGCGGCAGUCCUUCCUGGUCAACCUGUUUGCGUGCUUCCAGACCCCGGAGCACGUGUGCUUCGUCAUGGAGUACACGGCGGGGGGCGACCUCAUGAUGCACAUCCACACCGACGUGUUCCUGGAGCCCCGUGCCAUGUUCUAUUCCGCUUGUGUGGUUCUGGGUCUGCAGUUCCUGCACGACCACAAGAUCGUCUACCGGGAUCUCAAGCUGGAUAAUUUGCUGCUGGACACAGAGGGCUUUGUGAAGAUAGCAGACUUUGGCCUCUGUAAAGAAGGUAUGGGUUUCGGGGACAGGACCAGCACCUUCUGUGGGACCCCUGAGUUCCUGGCCCCGGAGGUCCUGACGGACACGUCGUACACCCGGGCGGUGGACUGGUGGGGGCUGGGGGUCCUGAUAUAUGAGAUGAUGGUGGGGGAGUCGCCGUUCCCCGGUGACGACGAGGAGGAGGUGUUCGACAGCAUCGUGAACGACGAGGUCCGCUACCCCCGCUUCCUGUCCACCGACGCCAUCGCCAUCAUGAGGAGGCUGCUGAGGAGGAACCCAGAGAGACGGCUGGGCUCCGGAGAGAAGGACGCAGAGGACGUGAAGAAACAACCUUUCUUUAAGACCAUGGACUGGGAGGCUCUGCUCCAGCGGCAGCUCGCCCCGCCCUUCGUGCCGGCUCUCAGCGGGAACGCCGACGUCAGCAACUUCGACGAGGAGUUCACCGGGGAGAAGCCGGCGCUCACGCCGCCGCGGGAACGCCGCGUCCUCUCCCGCAAGGACCAGGACACCUUCAGGGACUUCGACUACGUCUCCGGCCUCUGCUGAGGCCCCUCCCUCGGGGGGGGGGGGAGGCCGAACCUCCAACCUCAGGGAGGGGGGGGGGGGGCUCCAAAACGGAGCCUAUGAAGAAAGCUCUUUCUGAUUGGCUCAGGUGAAGUCACUUGGUGUUAAUGGGCGUGACUGGCCGCUCAGAAAGUGUGAUUGCAGAAGAUUGACCUCUGAUGGGACGGUUUGAGGUUUGAUUACAGAGACUGCCUCAAUAUCUCUUGCUCUCUCUCUCGCUCUCUAGCUCUCUCUCUCUCACUCUCUCUCUCACUCUGUCGCUCUCACUCUCUCUCUCUCUCCCUCUCCCUAACCCUCUCUCUCUAUCCCUCUCUCUCUAUCAGACAUGGGGUACAUGCAUAGGACUCUCUCGAUUUAUAUCUGAAGAUAAUCCAGAUUAUGUCAUGUGAUGAAGGAUGGGUUGGAAUCUGCCCAGCAUCACGUCUACGGGAACAUGUGACCCGACUUAAAUUCAUAUCUGAAUGACACAUAGCAAUAUUAAACAUCGGGACUAUUCACCUCAACCUGUAUCUGAUCAAUAAAUACGGCGGCUCAUCUUCGUUGACUUCUGUUAAAGUCGCACCCUCGCCGCCCUGCUCAGUUGUGCUGUAUUUUUUUUGUGGCCACACGGGGGCGCCAGAGGACAGAAGGAUGAGCAUGGUUGGUGUUCAUUUCGUGUGCUGAUAAUUUCAUUGCGCCUUACAUUAUUAUCCCUUCCCACCGUUUGAUGAUACGUCCAGGAUUUAAUUGUUUUUUAAUCCGCAAUAAUUUCAGAAUGUGAAGUAUAAAUAUAAAGGUAAAUGGAGCUUUUAAUCAUUGGGUUUAUAUUUUGAUUGUUUGCCCGCUCCCCUCCCUGUCGUGUAUUCUGUUGCUUCUUGAUCUCUCCCUGGGAGCGUGUCGUAGUAAAGAUGUUGGAAGCUG